AUUCAAUUCAUCCCGCCGACUUAAAACCCUCAUUCUGUUUCUUUCCCUCUUUUUCAAGUCUACCAAUGGAGGAGCGGCGGCGGCAGCAGCCGUCGCCAGAGCUUCGCGGUCCAACGGAGCCGAACCCGAAUCAGAAUUUCUGCCAAGAAGCUCAACGCACAACGGUAAUACUAUGCGUAGAAUGCAAAGAGAAGGCGGCGAAAUACAAAUGCCCCGGCUGCUCUCUCCGGACCUGCAGCCUCCCUUGCGUCAAAUCACACAAGCACCGGACUGGAUGCUCCGGCAAGCGAGAAGUCGCCCCUUUCGUUCCCAUGUCUCAGUUCGACGACAAAGCCCUUCUUUCUGAUUAUAACUUUCUCGAGGAAGCGAAGAGAGCGGUUGAUUCAGGUGCAAGGAUGAGAGUUCAAUUGCGUGCUUACCCUCAAUUUCGGUUGCCCGUUCACCUUCAAAGCCUGAAGCGUGCUGCAUCAAGUCGCAGAACAAACCUCCUUCUUCUCCCUAGUGGAAUGUCAAGGAGGGAGAAGAACCAAACUCGCUAUGACCGCAGGAAGAAGUCGAUCUUCUGGACCAUAGAAUGGAGGUUUCGUUCAACUGAUGUUGUUCUAGUUGACCAUGGCGUAAAUGAAAACUCGUCAAUUUGCUCUGAGAUUCAGAAGCAUCUGAGCCCAGGACCAUGGAAGCAUAAGUUAAAGCAGUUCUGUGAAGCGGGGUUGGAAUCUCUCACGUGCUUCAUACGCAAAUAUCCAAGAGGGAAAUCACCUUUUCGGGAGCUGGACAUAAAGGCCCCUUUAAAGCAGCAAUUAGGGAAUCUAAGUGUGUUGGAGUACCCUGUCAUCUACGUUCUUCUCCCUUCUCAAAGUUGUGAUUUUGAAGUUGUAGAAGACUUGCUUCCGAUGGCGCGUAGGCCGGAAGCUAAGAAUCGUGUGAGCAAUGAUGAUCAAGUGAUGAUCCCGAAUGGUGUUCCCUUCCGUGAGGAGGAAAUCAUUGAAGAAGAAGAAGAAGAAAAUGCUCCUUCAGGUGAUACGCAGGUUUAUGAUCUUCUUGCACAGGGCGAAGUUAAGAAUCCAGGGUACCAAGAGCCGGCUCAGAAAGCCACAGAUAAUCCAGCUCAGGAGAAUUCGUUGUCGGGAAACAAUUUGCUCAGUUGCUUGAAGGACACUCCAUGUGGAAUAUUUGAUGACAUGGAUUUCGAUUUUGACCAGAGCCUGAUAGAUAAGUAUUCAGAUAUAAUAGAGAUCAACACCGAUGACUUUCUUGAUUUUGAAGGUGAUUUGCCCAUGGAUAUGGGAGGUAACGGUGGAGAUGGUUUUCUAAGGUUCAAUAUGAACCCUGAAGAGUUGGAAGAGGGGGAAAUUGCUGAAUAAGGGGGAGCCCUGAAUUAGACCACCAUAACGCCUUCAUAAUCUUAACCCCAUCGGUUACUAGAUUGAGGCCACUGUGGAUGCUGCUGGUCAAGGGCGCGUUUCAUGCGACUGCAGUUCUGUAAAUCUGAUGUAACUUCUCGCUAAUGCAUGAAAGUGUUGUUUUCUUGUGUAAAAUUGCUGUCAUUUUCUUCAUCGACUUCAUCAGGCUGUGUCCAACUGUCUAUGAUGGCGGCUUUCCUCUCUCGUGGUUCUUGUCCAUAGUUUUUAUCUGCUGGUUGCAUCAGCCGUGUGAUUUUCCGGGAAAGAACGUGAAGAUGAUCAAGCUGCAUCGAUGAGAAGUGACUGGAUCCAUUAAAUGCAAGUUAACUUCCAAUCCAAGUUUAAAGUUCUUCCCCAGCUCAAGUACAAUCCUCAGAGAAAUUUCUCGAUAAACCAACUCUUACAUGGAGUACAGGGUUUGUAGUCAGGGGAGUUAUUUGGAAGAUUUGGAGAACCUUUGAGCUUGCUUGUUUCUGUAGAAGCGGGAUGACAAUCAAAUCCACAAUUGCGG